AUGGCUGACGGUGAGCUGCAGAGGGUGCAGUCUACACUGCAUUAUGUCUACCCACUUGUAGUGUUUCUAUACUUUGCCAUAACUUCCGCUGUCGCAAUCUGUACGCUACAAACAUCCGAUUCGACGAAAUCAACCCAUGUACGACGUAGGGUCAUAUACUACCUUCUCCUUUGCUUCGUUGCCACCUUUGCGGCGCAGGUAAUCCUUAAAGCAGUCGAGAUCGUCGUAUGGGGACGAUGGCCAUCCCAGGACACCAUCAUCGGUUUACUCUCCUGUAUCUUGACGUUCGGCAUUGAACAGAACAGCCUUGGCAACAAUUCCGGCGUCGUCUGGUACCCGUUCUAUGGAUCUUGGAUCAUUGCAUGUGUCCUGGAGCCUAUAAAUGCUGUAUUGUUAUUUAUCAUCGCCCAAAAUCCGAUAACUACAACACCGAUCACUUUCGAUACCUCGGCACUGUUCCUUCAUCUCGAUGCCUCCCUCGUCAUUGCCCGUUGUGUGCUUAUUUCUAGUGCCCUUUUAGCAUACUUCCUUUGGCGGGAGAGUGAGACUAGCGUCGACGAAGAUGAAGAACGGGCGCCACUGAUUCCAAAGCCUGAUCAGCGAUCAAACGGCACAGACAAUUCGGCCGACAGUGGUUACGGCACUAAUUCGGAUGCUACGAAUACAGAAGCAACCAACACGGAGACCGCCAACUCUCCUAGCGACCUCGAAUCACCAUGGGAACGCCAGCAGCGCAUUUCUCAAGAGAAGAUAGAGAAGCGGCUGAAGAAUGAGGGUAACUGGAUCUCAUAUGCGAAGGGAUUCUUGAUAUUCUUUCCGUACAUCUGGCCUGUCAACAAUCGUCGCCUACAACUGUAUGCUGCUCUUGUUGGACUCUGCUUGUUGGCUGGGAACGUACUCAACUUCUUGAUUCCUCGGCAGUAUGGCGCCGUGAUGGACUCGCUGAGUGGCGUUUCUGGGGGCAACCCAUGGAUCCAGGUCGCAAUCUUUGCCGGUCUACGACUUUUGGCUUCUGAAGCUGGAAUUAAUCUUUUGAGGCAGAUGUUGUGGUUACCUAUCGAGUAUUACUCUGAGGAGGCACUCACAGCUGCGGCCUACUCUCAUAUUAUGAACCUCUCCUCUGAGUUCCAUGACUCGAAGAGCUCUUCGGAUCUCAUUGUUGCGAUUUCGAACGGGACUUCCAUUUCGAAUAUGCUGGACUCGAUAUGUUUUCAGGCGUUACCAAUGCUAAUUGACUUAGUCAUCGCGUUUACGUAUCUGUCUACCAAAUUCGGUCCGUAUGAAGGCUUCAUUACGAUAGCGACGAGUGCAGCUUUCAUUCAGAGUGCGACUCAUAUAAUCGGAAGUUUCCAAGAGAAAAGAAAGAUCAUGGUUAGAACGUAUUUCGAGGAACAUUAUAUCCGUCAGGCAGGUAUCCAGGGUUGGCAGACCGUCAGUGCCUUUAAUCAAGUACCAUACGAAGAAAGGCGAUAUGGCAUAGCAGUCAAUUCUCACGUCUCAGCAGCGAAGGCGUUGUACUCGAGCUAUUUUGUUGGGCACGCUUUCCAAUAUCUAAUCCUCCUCGCGGGCUUACUCGCUGGUGCCUUUCUGGCCGUAUACCAAAUCACACAUGGUCAGGCAACUGCUGGAGAUUUUGUCAUGCUGUUGACAUAUUGGAGCCAGCUCACAGCACCUCUCCGCUUCUUCUCUCAACUCGGAAAGAACAUCAGUCAAGAUCUGGUGCAUGCUGAACAGCUUCUUGACGUGAUGACUACGAAGCCGACUGUGGUGGAGAAACCUGAUGCUCGGCCCUUGAAACUGAAAGGUGGAAAAGUCGAAUUCCGGAACGUCAGUUUUAGUUACGACAAGAAGAAGGACAUCUUGAAGUGCGUAAACGUGUCUGUUCCCUCUGGUACGACUGUCGCGUUCGUGGGUGCGACUGGUGCUGGAAAGUCGACGAUUCUUAAGCUCCUUGAUCGAUUCUACGAUGUGACCGGUGGUUCAAUCCAGAUUGAUAGUCAGGAUAUUCGAGAUGUUACAAUCUCUAGUUUGCGACAAUCUAUUGGCAUUGUCCCACAAUCGCCCGUUCUUUUUGAUGAUACUGUGAUGAACAACAUCCGAUAUGCUCGACUAACAGCGACUGACGAGGAAGUCUAUAGCGCAUGCAAAGCAGCGGCUAUCCAUGAUCAUAUCAUGGGCUUUACUGAAGGUUACACAACUCGGGUUGGCGAGCGCGGCGUUAAACUAUCUGGCGGUGAACUUCAACGUAUCGCGAUUGCGCGAGCUAUUCUGAAGGAACCAGAGAUUGUGCUCCUUGAUGAGGCUACUAGUUCUGUUGAUACUGACACGGAACAGAAAAUCCAGGAAGGUCUUCGUGCCCUUUGCCAAGGUCGUACAACGUUCAUCGUGGCACAUCGUCUCUCAACGGUUAUGAAUGCUGAUACUAUUUUCGUCGUUGCGAAUGGAGAGAUUGCAGAACAAGGCAAUCACGAGGUUUUAAUUGCUCAGAAGGGAAAAUAUGCCGAGCUUUGGUCUAAACAGAUUUUUGUGAAGUCCAAGGAGUCUAAGGACGAGAAGGAAAACGAAGGAGAUGUUGAUACGAUGCUUGCAACAACCACCCAGACCGACGGAUCCGCCGAUGAGCACACCAAUGGUGCCAAAAUUGCGAAUGGUACUCAAGCUAAGCGAUCGACACCGAAAGUGACGACGUCUGUUUCAACUGGCAAGACUAACGGGCAGGCUGUGAAAACUCCGAAUGGGCAUACAAAAGAGGGUUCAAAGUUGAAUCCUGGAGCUCCGGAGUUCACGCCUCGUUCCGUAGCCGUGCCGAGGCCGAUAAUUACGCCUACACGAAAUAGCUGGGCUGAAGAUGUAGAGCAAGGCUGUUGUCGUGAUAUCCCCUCUAGUUUAGAUGUGGAGCGCGCUUCUAUAUCUACCGCGAUAAGAGCCUUCGAAACCAGUCCAUCGAGUAAGCAUGGCGACGCUGUUUCACCGAUACUACCACCUGGGUCGAUUACCCCACAGAAUGUUUUUGAGGCGCCGGAUUCUAAGCCUCGCCGCAAUACUCUUCAGUCUAUUUCUUGUCCCGAAGGGCCAUCACUGUCUUUCCCCGACAGCCCGGCUCGUUCUGUUAGUCAACCCGUGCCUACCCCCCCUGCGGCAAAUUCGUCCCAGGGAGAGAAUACCAAGCCAUCGUAUGAUGGAGAGGAUUCUUCCCCCUCGCCCGAUGUCAAACCUUCACAAGAACCUGCCAAUAAGAGAGGUGGUUUCCGCGGUAAAUAUCGAGGUCGUUACCGUGGAGGAAGAGGUCGACGACGCAAUCCUUCUAGCACCAAGUCAAGCCAUAAGGAUGGCAUAGGGGCUUCUCAGAAGCGUCGUGGUUCCGUUUCUCGCGCAAGAUAA